AUGUCUACUCUCGUUUGGCCUGCUAUUCCUCCCGAGGACCUGAUCAGGGAGGAGGAAGAAACCCAGGCACGCGAGCUCGAGUGGCUGCUCUCCUCGUUGCAGGACACUCUUCGCUCCUUGAAAGAGGGUCUGGAAGAGUGUGCCGAAUUGCUGGCACCCAAAGAGCCUGGCUCGACGCUGGUUCUGUCUUCUCUCAGAUCUGAGAAUCUCAAGGGAUUCAUCACCCGCGUAGGCAUGCGCAUUGUCAAGGGCGAUGUCCAGCUACGACUCCCUUCGCUGCCACCGCCGCGCGGCCAGAACAGCUACAAACUCACCAUAUCGAACCUGCCCACUGCACCCACGAUAGUGCUGGACCAGCUGACCACAAUACGAACGCUCAUCAACGCCUGUUUGGACGUCGUGGAUGCUACGAGAUGGACUGGUGACAGCACCAACGCCAACUUCAUCUCUGGUCAGCUCAAGCUGCUGCACGACAACAUUCAGGAAGCCAAGUCUGCUCUGAAGGGCUGGACUGAGCACCAGAAGCCCUGGUACGAAGACUCGGUCGAUGAGAAUGCCUUCAACCCACCUCUGCCACCCAACGUCUCCUUUCACCUCUCUAUCUCCGAAGCCGCAGUCCUGCUGAACGUUCGGACCCUCGAGACCGCAUACCCGAAUACUGGCACCAACACACCUCUCUCCCUCAAUGCUGGUGCUGGUGGACAAUCAUACAGCGGCUUCUCCUUGCGAGAAAGGUUGGCAACAGCAUUGGGUGGAAGCAGGCAGGCUUUCCACGACGAGGCACACGAGGUGUUCGCAUACAAAGGACAAGACGUUCGAGUGCGCGACAAGGUCAGAGUCGAGAGUCAAGACCCGAGUCUGAUGGCUGCCAUGGCCAAGCUAGGUGCUCUGGAGAGGAAUGUGGCUUUGUCUAGACGUGCACUGGAUGUGGUCAUGGGCGAAGAGCAGGACGAAGGCUGA